CGUCAUCGUAUCCAAGGAGGUAAUUUAAAAUUGUGAAAGUUUUGUCGCCGCUGCAUCAAAACGCUUGGUUGAUUUUGGUACAUAUUUGAGUAGUUUGGUGUCAAAUAUAUCAAAGGAUUGGAUUAACGAGGCCAAGCAAUCAAUGAUGUCUUAAUGUCAAUGGAAAACGGGAAUGAAGACUUCUUGAAUAAGGUCAAAAUGUGUGCAGUCCUGCAAAGCUAGCAUUUACCUAUGCUUUAAAAAGUCGAAAUGGCCACAGCUGUAUCGACAACAGCUCUUCUAGAUAGUUUCAGCUUUCAGAGUUCAGAUGAUGAGAGUGAAAGAAAAAAGAGCAUUCCACAAUCACGAAAACGCAAAAAGAAACGGAAAAGACAAAGUACAGGUGGACCAGCAAGUAGAAAACCUUCCAGUAGGGAUAUCCGUACUUUGAAACCAGCGUGGAAUUAUUCCGGGAUUACAACAUCAUCAGCUAUGUGUACUACUACUGAAACUACACAGCAGUUAUUGGGAUUUAAUGUGAAACGGGUGGAGCUGAGCUCAAAACCUUCCAACCAAAUGACUAGGUGUGCAUCCCAACAAGCCACUUGGUCUUCAUCAACAAAACUUCCAUCAGUUCAACAAACCAGAGCUUCCAGUGUUUUUUCGACAAAUCAAACAGGCUCAUUUCAGGAGAAAAAGAAAAGGAAAGUGGCUCUCUUGGUUGCCAUAAAGCCAGAGAAUGUGGAAUCGGAAAAGGCACGCUUUUUUCGUGCCAGUUAUAACUAUCACCCUCUCUUCAUAUACAAGUACCCUGCUGAUCCUGAGGUGCUGGCCCGCACAAGUAAUCCUUCUGAUAGAUACCUCACUCAGGCUGUACAUAUCAUGGAGACGGCAAUAGCAAAGUAUGGAAGUUACGAGACCUUUGAGGAGAAGACGGGAGGGAAACCCAUGUCAAGAACUCAAAUUAUGGCCAUGGUGCUUCAAUAUCUCAGAAAAGAAAAUCUCGAGGAGGAAAUCUCUGUAAACUUGUCAGAAGUUUUGAUGUCGCGUGCCUCUAUGACAAAUGUGAAGGGAAAGCCCACUCUGAAUGUCAGGGUUUGGAACCUCAGGGAGCACUGGGUGGAUGGAUUGCUACGCCAUGAAGUUGGGACUCACUACAUUCGGAGCUACAACAACCAGUUCCAGCCCUGGUACAACUGGAAGAAACGCAAAGAGCUCGACAUGGAACCCAUCAACCCAACGGAGGAGGGCCUUGCUGCACUACACAGUAUACUGGUCAGGAAGGAUCCAUCUCUGUGGCGGGCUGCCAUAUUGUAUUACACGACGUACUGGGCAGCGCACAUGUCACUGAGGGACUUGUUCAAAGACCUGGGAAGGUUUGUUCAAGAUCCUCACACCAGAUGGGACUACUGUAUGAGGACCAAGAGAGGCCAGACUGAUACCUCACAGCCAGGUGGAUUUAGCAAGGACCAAGUUUACUUGACAGGUGCUUUAGAACUGUUACGCUACAGACACAGCAUCGACUUCCACGCCCUUGCCAGGCUGGGCAAGGUUUCUUAUAAAGAUGUGGACAAAUUGAAAAACAUGGGCGACUUUGAAGAGACCCGUAUCCCAUACUUCAUGCAGGAUACAAACUGGUAUUUGGGAAGACUGGACCACAUUGUGAGAGCCAAUGGACUGACCGAUGCAGAGUUGAAGAGAGUUGUACCCGACUUGGAUGACAUAAAUUUGAAAUCAUGUGGUUCAGCAAGCAGUUUUAAUUAUUGACUGGUAAUUGUCUUUCCUAUUGAUAUUUUGAGUCACAGUGGUAAUACAAGUACUUGUCACUCAGAGAAAUCACAGUAUGUGGAAAGAUGUGUUUUAUAAAGGUAAAAAUAGUUGAUAAAAUGCAAGUUAUGGGGAAAAGGGGUUGAGGGAGAGAUAUUUAGAUGGUGCAUUGAUUGUGAAGUGUUAUGUUCAGUUAUAGUGCUGAUGUGGAGGGGUGGGGGUUUGGAGGGGGGAGGGAAAUACUGGUAGUUUAUCAGUUUUACUGUUUAUUAAGUAUAAUACAUAUUUACGCUUAAAAACUGCCAGUUUGCUGUGACUUACCUCAUGGUAGGGAAGGUUCUUGUGACUCUCUAGAAUCCAUAUACUCUCAGGUAGCGAAUGACUAUCAUGUCUCAUAUACAGUAUUUGUAGAAUAUGUCUUCCAUGUCUUCACAAUUUUUUUUUUUUUUUAUAAAAGUAUGUUAUGAUGGGCCUAUGAACAGUACAAUCAUCUUGAUGUUAGAAAAUACACUUAUUAAGGCACAGAUCACUGUGGAUGUGAUAUUCUUCAGAUCUCAUACAAAUGGGGAAAGACAUUUUAAGAAUGAACAUUUUGCAAAUUCAAAAAAAAAAUAAAUGCCAUUAAAAGCUAAACCCAUGACAAUUGUCAGAAAUGUUCUUCUAAGAUAUAUAGUUAUUUAUUAGUGCAAAAUAUUGUAUUUAAUACAAUCUUUUUAUCUCUCAAAAACAUAUCUGGUUUUUGCAACAAGUCUAAG